GCUCGUGUUUAGUGUCGUCACCGUUAUCUUUGUCGUCAUCAUCAUAUGUAUUCGUAUCAUCACCGUCAGCAUCAUCAUCAGGACCUUCACCGUCAGUACCAGUCAUGCUCGUCGUCACAAUUAUUGCUGUAAUGGAAGCAGCCAUCGUCGUCGUUGUCCUCACCAAAAUUGAUGCCAGUAAGAAGAUUAGGUAAUCCCGGCGGGACACCUUCUGUGGCGGGAUAAUGAAUGUUGUUUAUAUACUAAGGCGACGUCCGACAAAGUUUGGUGUGUACCUCCCUAGACACCACACACACACACACACACACACACACACACACACACACAUACACACACACACACAUACACACACACACACACACACACACACACACUUUAUAAUCUCCCCUACAUAUCCCAGUCAUUUUUCACCCUUUUCCCUUAGCGUAUGGAAUAUUGAGAACUUUUGAUAGCCACUUCCCUCGCCUCCUGCCUCUCCUCACGCCGCUAAUGAGGAGGUGAAGGGCGCCGGGUUCAAGUCCUUGGCGCAGAGAGGGCGGGGCGGCGAGAGGGGCGGGCGGGAAGGGCGGGAAGGGAGGACAGGGCCUUGCAGCAGCCUCCACCAGCCUCCAUCAGCCUCAGUCGCGGUGGCGUUGGCUCAGGACGCGGACCUCCGUUCCUUCCUCCUCUCUCGCCUCUCACUGGACGCUGCCUCGCCCGCCACACCCCACGGCCGGGCCAAGGACCUUCCGUAACUCUACUCCUACUGCUUCUACAGAACUGGAAGAGCCUCGGCCGCGCCUCACCUACUUUCCACCCACUCCUCCUUACCUCCAUGACACGCCCAUGACUUAUAUCUCACGGUACUCAUGAAAUAGACCCAGUGCUGAGUCCCAUGUCCCUUGCUCUUCUCCUCACGCCCACUCACGCCCGCCCACGCUCCCCCCUCCCCCCCCCUCGCGCUCUCCCUGCAGACGUGAGGGAAGGUUGAGGUGAAGUCGAGUGUGAAGCGUCUCGUCAAAAGGUUCAUUUCAUGCAGAGUUGGAGCGAAAACGUUGCUUUGGUGAAGGUUUCUGAGCAAACUGCGAAGUGAAACGCGGAGUCGAAGCGUGGGACGACACUAAACGAAGCAUUGGAGAAGGUGCAGUGAAGCAGUGUGAUCGAAGGGAAUUCAAUCAAUGAGCAAAGUGAAGCGAAACAUUAAACGAAAGGGUAUGAAGCACUGAGCAUAGCGUGGAUCAGCAGGCCGCGCGGAGUGAAGCACUGAUCAAAUACCAGUGAAUCACGGAGGAAAAGAAAACAGUGAUACGCUAAAAAAAAAAGAAAAAAAAGGAAAAAGGAGAGAAAGAAAAUAUAGUGAAUCGUUGCAGUUGAGCGAAGCACCGAAGCAAGACGAAAAGGAAAAGAGAAGAAGAGGGGAAAGGAAAAUAACUACACGAAAAACUAAGAAGAUGAUGAGGUAAAGAGACGAUAAAUGAAUAAUAGAAAGCAAAAUCUUUAAACUUUGAUGGAAACUUAAGAUUUUGAACUAAUACCAACUUCGAGGAAACUUGAUCCAUGGAAAUGAGUCAAGUGUUAGAGUGAAGGAUGAUGAUGAUGAUGAUAAUGAUGAUGAGGAUGAUGAUGGUUAUUGAGACCGAAGAUAAGGAAGUGAGGCUGUUGUCUUCAAGUUUGUCUAUUUUCUUAAUUCUCCAGAUUCCAUGAUGGCUUCUCCGCGGGGCACCCUCCUCUCUUUCAUGGUCUCGAUCGCUUCGUGGGUGCUUCUGGCUUCCUGGUGUAUUGAAUUUUGCCUCUGUCUCGCGCCGCCCGCAACAUCAGCACCAUCAUCACCGCCCGCACCGCCCGCUGCCUCCCGCCCUCGCCCUCACCCACAAGCCCUGCCAUGGUCUGCAUCUCGCCACUCCCAGCCAGUUGUGUCUCUGCCUCCUGCCUUUAAUUUGCGUGCUUCUCCGCCACCCAGUCCACACCCCAUGUUCUCCCAGUCAUCCAGCUCGAAGCCCACAGUCUCCCAGUCAGUCAUUUCACAGUUCACGGUUUCCCAGUUAACUAGUGAACAAUCCUUGGUCUCCCAGUCAACCAGUGCACCGGAUUUGGUCUCUCAGUCGACCAGUUCACAGUACACGGUCUCCCAGUCUACCAAUUCACAGUAUUUGGUCUCCGUGUCUGCCAGUCCACAAUCCUUGCUCUCCCAGUUAACCAGUUCACAGGAUUUGGUCUCCCAGUCGAAUAGUCACCAGCCCACGGUCUCCCAGCCCAGCCCACACCCUCCAGCCCCUCAGUCUGCCAGCCCACAGCCGCGCCGCUCCCUCCCCCUCGCCGGGACGUCCCCACCACCGUCACAUUUGCCCCAACCAUCAAAGCAACUUUAUUUGCACCUACAACCCAAUUUCUUUUUCACGUCUUCUCCUAAGAGCCUUAUCGGAGGAGGGCGCGAAGAAAUAGGGGACGGGGAGAAAGAUACUGGAACAGGGAAUGGAGGUGAAAGCAAUGGAGGGGGGGGGAGGAGAAGAAGAGGAGGAGGAAGGGGACUGGCAAACUAUCACAGGCUUGCAAAUAACCAGCACCACUCAGCCGGCAGCAGGACCUUCCCCCAGUACGCAGUCUGGAAUGUGGAGUACUGACGGGGCUAGACCAAUCGAGGAGGGGAAGGAGGCAGAGGGAGGAGGUCAGGAGAGCGGGAGAGAGGGAGGGGGUGAGGCCGGCGCCCGACGGACUGAAAAGUCAAAUCGCAAAUUACACGCUAUCUCAAGCAAAGGGGACAAGCUGAGUCAGAGCGGAGGCUUCACUCCAGCCCAUCCUUUUAGUCCCACCGGUGAGUCUUGGCCGCAUGCUGAGGGCCGCACGGAGCAUCCCCAAGCCUCAACAAGCGGGAACCCAGCAGUCAGAGGAAGGCGUAUUGGCGGUAAAGUACGAUACUCCCCGCCACUGCUAGCGAGGGGCGCCUUGGACCUUACCUCAGGAGAACAGGAGCAGCCCGUAAAGCAGCCGCCCCCCGCCAGGCCGCCAGACACAGGAUCGACCCUUCACGGAGCGGCGGGGGGACCGGCAGGCCUUUUGAAUGUAAAUGAAAUGAUGGUGAAUUCUCUCAGAAGUCUAGAACAAGAAUACACGACCAGCGAGGAAACGCGUCUGUUUGAGGGAAAGUCUGUGUCAGGCAAAUGGGACAAGCAGGCGGUAGAAGAGGAGGAGGAGGAAGAAGAGGAAGGAGAGGGAGAGGAGGAGGGAUCGUUGGAGGAAGACAGCACGAGUGAGCCGUAUUCGAAGUUUCAGAUCCUGGCGUCUCGUAUGAAGCCUGAACAGCUGUCCCACGCCCACGACCUUGAAGUGGAGAAGGAGCGGCAGUUGAUACGAGAGGCCCUAGCGGUGCGUGACUCCCUGCAGGGCUCCAGUAGAGGACGUCCCGACCCUCCCCUGAGCACCGGACCCUCACGCGACCUCCCCUUGGCUUCGUCACCCUGGUCUCUGCUCCACUUCCCCCCAACGCCCACAUCAACACCUCAGCGAAUAGACACACUCCCCGAGGUCAGUUUACCGCCGCCACUCCAAUCAGUAACCUCAGAAUCCCAGCCUCGCCCCGCCCCGCCACGUCCCCGCUCCUCCUCACAGCCGUCCCCGCAGCACACCACGAGCAUCCAUAACAAGGAGGAUCCGCCAAAGUGGAAGAAAACCUCCCGGGAUCAGGAAACCCUUAAAGAAGAUCCCCAGAAAUCUCCAUUAGUCUCUACCCGACAACCCGGGAAUGAGAGCGUGGUGGUGUCGAGGGAAGACAGCGCCACUAACACCACUAACACCGCGGCCAUGAGUGACGAGGGGCCAGGAACACCGCACCACUCUGCUCUAAGUAAGGCUGCAUCCGGUGUUUCAAGUGACGCUCAGGAUGCACCCCGCAGCCCGCGUGAGUUCAUGACGCAGGGAUCUUUGUAUUCGCCAAAGAUGAGGCGCCGCGGCUCAGAGCGGUGGGGCAGCAGGAGUCUCCCGGCACCCCCACUCAAUGGCUCCACCUCAUCUCACAAAUGGCCGGUGGAGAAAACGAGCGAGAGUGAGUCUUCAGGCCAGCGUCACUUGUCCCUGCCGCCCACCCACGGGAAGGCUCAACUAACUCAACAUGAAGAGAGAUACACGCUGCCACUCGCCCCACCAGUCCCGCCUCGCGAGUUAAGGCGGGGGGGCGGCGCGCCCUCCGCCAGCCUCGCCCCGAGUGGAGAGGACAUAACUCGCGGUGGAAAGAAGAGGGGGAAAAUUAUUGCUCCCGUAGAGAGACCCGAGAAAAAUAUGGUGGUAGGGACGCCGGCGAGGAAAAAUGGAGGAGGAAAUUUGAGGCCUGUCAUCCAAAGAAUAAAAGGAGGAGAGAAAGGAAGAGGACGAGACAGAGAAGAGAGAAGAGGAGCAAGUAAAAUCACCAAGGACGUUGCACAAGAUACUGACCCAUCGCGGGGCGAGACAAAUGACGACAAUAAUGAGACAACUUCACAGGGAGUGAACUUUGCAGAGCCUGGGGGCGUGACGCGAGGAUCACAGCCCAGAAGAAAGAGACUCUUUAGGCGAGACGCGGAGACAACAGCCCAGGUCAGCGAGGGAGGACGCGGCGCGGGGGAGCAGGAGGGCCACGAGUCCCAGGGGCAGACGCGGCGCAAGAUGCGGCCUCCCCUGGCACCCCGCGACGCCUUCCAAGAACACCCGCACGCUGCUGUGGAGGCGCGGCUCGCUGCAGCGCACGAGCGCGCCACGGCCCCGCAACCCCAAUUUAAAACUGGCAUUGUUGAUGAGGUAAACAAGGGGCCCCGUCCAGCGGCGCCGCGAGGCAUGGCAGCAGUGGCGGGCCCGGGCGACCCUCCUUCCAGGCACCACAUUUCCCAGGGCGCAGCGAACACCGUCGGCGCGGACUACAGCUACUUCCCCCCGGGGUUUGCCACCGUGGAUACUUCGGAGGGAUGUCAGUGCUGGCAGACGCAUGACGACAGCCUCACCCCGGAGGAGGAAUGCCGCUGCCAGGGAGAACAUAUCGUACAGCUCCCCCGCAACCUCUCCACCACCAUGGACAGACUGUGAGUGUGAUCCUUCCCCCUGCCACCCAACUUCUCUCUCUCUCUCUCUCUCUCUCUCUCUCUCUCUCUCUCUCAGAAGUAGUGAUGGUGAGAGGUGGAAAGAAGUAGUCAGGGUGUGGACCUCUGCUUUAAGAGGAUGGGCGGGGUGGGAUGGGCGGUGUUCCUGGUGCGAGGCCCUGUAGUGAUGCCCUCCCGCCCCGCCCUUCCUUCCCUCCCUCCCCGCCCCUUCCCGCAGUGUUCACGCGCUAUUUCCCUCCAUCGUUUGUCUUCCACUGUCGCCCUUCCACCUCAAAGUGCACCGGUCACCCUCCGCGACUGCCGUGGAAACUGGAUAUUCUCUAUUCAUUUCCACCUCUCUCUCUCUCUCUCUCUCUCUCUCUCUCUCUCUCUCUCUCUCUCUCUCUCUCUCUCUCUCUCUCGAUCCUCUAGAAUGUACUAAACCUCUAUAGACAAACUCCUUACAUACAUACAAAUACAUGUACGUAGUUUCCUUGCACUAAUGUAUUUGUCGAUGUCUACAUGCAAUUGUAUAGUUGAUAGCUAUGAGAAUAUUAACCAACAAACUAACCAUCGUCACCUUCAUUAACCAACUGCCUAUGUCAUUUUCUUGGUUCUCAGUAAAUCGGGAGGAGGAAAAAAAAAAAAAUCAGAUUGCCAUAUUUUAUUCAAGUUUGGUAUCAAAGGCACAGAAAUUGAGACUCGUUUAUAUCUGUCUACUCUGGACACUCUGAUUGCUCACACCGAACACGUGACAAGAGUAACUGUAACUGUAAUCGGGGGAAAAAAAAAAGGACCAAAUUUUCUCAAGUCUUACAUCAAAGGCGGAGAAAAAUUCAGAGUCUUUUUUUCAUAUACUCGUCAUUCUUCUCACUUUUCUCGUACACAACAUGACAAAAGUAACUAACUCUUAAACUAUAACUUCCCCACGUACGCAACCGAUUAACUGGAGCACAAAUCCUGAAACCACCUGGAAAAUGAAUUAAUUAGGCAGUUUGAGUAUAAAGGUGACGAUAAAUAAAAUACAUAAAGAAAGAGAGAGAGGACCCACAUAUACCCCUUACCCAUACACGCUCACCUACUCUCCUCCCCUUCACACACGUACACCUGCCAUUCACAACGACAGGUACUAAAGAUAAUAAAGAAUUCUUGCUGUGUU